AUGGGAACGAAGAUGAAGGGUCUUUUGAAAGGUCUUCGAUACAUUUCUCAGAUAUUCGAGGAAGAGAAAGAAGCAGAAAUGCAAAUUGGGAAUCCCACAGAUGUAAAACAUGUGGCUCAUAUAGGAUGGGAUGGCCCUUCUGCUUCAAUUGAUAAUUCACCAAGCUGGAUGAAAGAAUUCAAAGAAUCAACAGGAGGAUUCCAAUCAGCACCUUUAGGGAAACCUGGAGGCUCUAAAGAGAACCCUGAAGUUAAAUGGGUUUCUGAAGAUUCGAAAAAAGGAAGCAGAGACCUACCCGAAUUGCCAAAAUCUUCGAGGCGCCAUGCUUCAAUAGACGGUCCAAAUGAUUCGCCAAUGAAAAAAGAUGGAUCAAACAGAUCAAGACACUCGAGACGACACAAUUCGAAGGACUCGUCUGAUAGCAUUAAAUCAAAUCGGCAACGCCAAGAAGGCGAGUCAACAUCAGGAAACCUUCCAGACAUUCCUAAAAAAUCAAGGAGAAAGAAGUCGAAAGAGUCAAAUAGUGUUGGAUCAUCUCGAUUAGGGUCACGAUCCAAAGGUUCUUAUCCUGGACCUGAUGCUGAAUCAAUAGUACCAAGAAUAGAACAAUGA